CAUAAGCUAUCUGUGGUUCAUUUUGCUGAUUGUUGCACAAUUAUUGCGGCGGGUUAGGUUAUAAAUUCUUAUUUGAGUUCAAGAAAAUAUUUCAGUCGAUAAUAAAAAAUGGCUCAAAGUAAGUUGAACGAUAUGGCAGGGAAGUUUGCAAAAGGAGGACCACCUGGUCUUGGAAUUGGCUUAAAAGUUGCAGCGGUACUAGGCGUUGGAGCUUAUGGAAUUUCACAGUCCUUAUUCACAGUUGAGGGUGGUCAUCGAGCGAUCAUGUUUAACAGAAUAGGAGGAGUGCAACAGCACGUAAUGACUGAAGGCUUACACUUCCGUAUCCCGUGGUUCCAAUAUCCCAUCAUUUAUGACAUCAGAUCCAGGCCUCGCAAAAUUUCUUCUCCAACUGGUUCCAAGGAUUUACAAAUGGUAAACAUUUCAUUGAGAGUUUUAUCACGCCCUGACGCUAACAACCUGGCUAUCAUGUACAGACAACUUGGUACUGAUUAUGAUGAAAAAGUAUUGCCUUCAAUUUGUAACGAAGUUUUAAAAUCGGUAGUAGCUAAAUUCAACGCAUCACAGCUUAUUACUCAGCGUCAGCAAGUAUCGCUAUUAAUUAGAAGAGAGUUAGUGGAGAGAGCAUCCGACUUCAAUAUUAUUUUAGAUGAUGUGUCACUCACUGAGUUGAGCUUUGGAAAAGAAUAUACGGCUGCUGUGGAAGCUAAACAGGUGGCCCAACAGGAGGCUCAGCGUGCUGCUUUCGUUGUUGAAAGAGCUAAGCAGGAGCGUCAACAGAAAAUUGUUCAGGCUGAGGGAGAAGCUGAAGCUGCUGAGAUGUUGGGCAAAGCCAUGGGAAUGAACCCCGGAUACUUAAAACUGAGAAAAAUCCGCGCCGCUCAGAGUAUUUCAAGAAUGAUUGCUCAGUCACAGAACAGAGUAUUCCUUCCUGGUAACAGUUUAAUGAUUAACCUUCAAGAUCCCUCAUUUGAUGAUUUGUCAGAAAAGCUUACUAAGAAGAAGUAACAUGAGGCCAAGAAAGAGUAUGCUAAAAGCCUGGAGCCAGCACCUACUCUUUCUGAUGAUGAAACUGCAGUUUUAAUAAGCGGUGUUACUUCAGUUGCUAUUUAGCAUUUGUUUGUCGAUGAAGCAUUUUGCAAAGUGUAUAAAUUUAUAUGUUUGAAUAAAAAAUAUUCUAUACGAUGCAUUUUAUGUUACUUAGUUUGUAGGGGUUAGUAUGUAUGAGAAUCAGUUUCAAUUAAAUUUAGAAGGAAAA